AUGUGGAGGGACGGGAUAAGUGGGGCCGGCGCUGGCCCCCAGAAAGCGGGAUAUGUUGGACAUAUAGCUGAUCGAUUCAUCCCAUCUUUUUUUUUUUUUUUUCGGUUUGGAGAGCUGGCUGUUUUUUGUAAACCCCUCAACGAAGUCAACUUUUACUCAGCAAGCAAAAGACGAGAUUUCCAGACACUCGUUUCCAGAGUUGAAGUAAACGACCGGCAAGCUUCUCAUUAUCGGCCCCUGAACCACCUACAAAUAUCUCGGGCAUCUUCUGAAAUCAAAAUCAAUAUUUGGCUAAAAAAUCCAAGCCCACCCAUCCAAAAAUGCUGCUCAUAUAAAUGCCUGUAUAAAACCAAAGCUCUGUUGUGUGUGUGUGUGUGUGUGUGUGACAUACAUUACCACCAGGUACAUACGCUCCCCCCCCCACGUCUCUCCAUUCUAUACCCAAUUUUCAUCGUUGUUGUAUAUAAAAUUCUUUCAUCUUCAUUAACACCUUGUUGA